AUGGGAAAUUCAGUCGUGACUCCAUGUUUUCAUCCUCAAAACAAAAAAUUAUCGUUGUCUUCGUCUUCAGCUAAGCUUAUAUUUUGGCAAGGUGCCACGAGAUUCUUAAAUGGAAACCACACCGCCAGGGAGAUUUUCUUCGAGUUUCCAGAUACGAUGAUUUGCCACGUGGACUCGUUUUUUAUCGGUCACCCGAUCCCUAGUUUAGACUCCGAAGACAAACUCGUCCCCGGCGAGGCCUAUUUUGUUGUCCCUAUCGAUCUCUUUUCAUGCAAAACUCUAUCGGUUUCUUCACUGUUAUCAUUGAGAUCACAUGAUAAGAGUAAUAACAACAAGUCAAGGAUCAAAUUCGGAGAGUGUCCGUUUGAGUAUUUGAAGGAUUGUGAUGGAAAGGUUUUGAUAAAAGUUAUGCCGGAGUUUAUGAUGAGGCUUGUUGAUGGAGAUAGAUCAGGGAAUGAUGGUUGCAUGAGUAGUAAAAGCAGUUUCCUUUGUAGUACUCCUGAGUUGAAAAAACAUUAUGAAAUGCUUGUGAAAUCUAAGGAUCAGGUUUGGUCUCCUAAGCUUGAGACUAUUUUGGAAAACAAGGUUAAGCUUAGAAAAGAAAGAAAAAAGACACAAACUGUGUCUGCUAGAUAG